AGUGUCCCUAUUAAGUCAGAAAAGAAGCCAGAGCUGCUCUGAAAGGAUGACUUUGUAUUUACGCUAAGUGACAAUGGUUUUAGAGUGGCUGCCCACUCCCAGACGUAAACUUUUAUCUGCAAGGACUUUUGGGGGGAAAAGUUUGCUAGCGAGAAUUUAAAGACUCCGGAUGCUCCCUUAAGGAUUUUGUCAUCAUCUCGUCUCUUUGGUUUUGGCCUAAAUGAUUAUGUUUCUCCCUUUGGGGAGGAUUUCUCUGGGCAUUUUGAUGCUUUUCAUGACAGGAGGAAACCUUGUAUCAGUCGCAGAAGAGAUUCAAGAACCCAAUGCAGUCUCUGUCCUCUCACCUGAGAAGUCAACAGACCUUUUGUUGCCUACCAGGAAGAGGCAGAUUAUGGAUGCCACAGAGACUGGGAGGAGGUGGCUGCUUAGAAGGCGGAGGUCUAUCCUGUUCCCAAAUGGAGUAAAAAUUUGCCCCAGUGAAACUGUUGCAGAGGCUGUGGCAAGCCAUGUGAAAUAUUUUAAAGCCCGAGUGUGCCAGGAAGCCAUCUGGGAAGCCUUCAGGACAUUUUGGGAUCGAAUUCCUGGGCAUGAUGAGUAUCAUUACUGGAUGAACUUAUGUGAAGAUGGAGUCACAAGUGUAUUUGAAAUGGGCGCCCAGUUUAGUCAGUCUGUGGAACAUAGAAACUUAAUCAUGAAGAAACUGACUUACACAAAGGAAGCUGAGAGCAGCUCCUGCAAGGAUCAGGCCUGUGGACCUGAGUUGUCAUCUCCAGUUGCUAUUGGUGAGACCUCAACAUUAUUAGCAGGUGCUGUCUCCAAUGCUUCCUAUCCAGGGGUGGCCUCAGAGAGCAGUGUGGUGUCACCUCAGGAGAGUAUCAGCAAUGAAAUUGAGAAUGUGACAGAGGAGCCCACACAACCAGCUGCUGAACAGAUAGCAGAAUUCAGCAUCCAACUUCUGGGAAAGCAAUACAGUGAAGAACUGCAGGAUCCCUCCCACGCCCUCUACAGGCUUCUUGUGGAAGAGUUUAUUUCAAAGGUUGAAAAAGCAUUCACAGGGUUACCCGGCUACAAGGGCAUCCGUGUUCUGGAAUUCAGGUCUCCGGAGGAAAAUGUCAGUGGGAUAGAUGUUCACUAUGCAGUUACCUUCAAUGGUGAAGCCAUCAGCAAUACCACCUGGGACCUCAUAAGCCUUCACUCCAACAAGGUAGAGAACCACGGCCUUGUAGAGCUGGAUGAUAAUCCCACUGCUGUCUAUACAAUUAGUAACUUCAGAGACUAUAUUGCUGAGACACUGCACCAGAACUUUUUGAUGGGAAAUUCCUCUUUGAAUCCUGAUCCCAAGUCUCUCCAGCUUAUCAAUGUGAGAGGAGUUUUGCUCCCCCAAACAGAAGACAUAGUUGGGAACACUCAAAGUUCAAGUCUUCAGGUGACAACAUCCUCCAUUCUGGAUAAUACCCUUCAAGCUGAAUGGCUCUCAGCAGAUGAAUCCACUGCCACCACCACCACCACCACCACCACCACCACCAUUUCAGCAUUUGGUUUCAGCUCUGGUCCUCCCUCAGCCACUGGCAGGGAACUCUGGUCAGAAAGUACUUUUGGUGAUGUAGUGUCUACAACCAAGUUAGCUUCUCCCUCGAAGGUGGUCCUCAGUUCUUCCCUAGAGGUUUUAGGGGGUAGCAGCUUGGCUCUUCAUUCUGUUACCCCAGCAGUGCUUCAGAUUGACUUGCCUGUGGUUCCUGAGGGAAGGACUUCUGGAUCUUCCAUAUUAGAAGAUGGAUUAGCCAACACUGAAGAACCAGAAGAUGCUUCUAUUGAUGUAUUGCCUUCAAGCUCAUUAAUUCAACCUGUGCCAAAGGAAACAGUAACACCCAUGGAAGCCUCUGACAUGACUCUCUUGACAUCCUCACCACAUCUGACCUCUUCUGUUAUAGAAGACCUUGCUGAAGACAUAACGACACCUUCUGGCUUAGACUCCUUGGCUUCCAAAGUCUCAGACCAGUUGGAAGUGAGCCCUUGGUUUCCAGACACCUCUGUGGAAAACGACUUCAUUUUUGAAAGUGGCUUGGGUUCUGGGUCUGGGGAAAAUGUAGAUGCAAUUGAUUGGCCAUGGAGUGAGACUUCAUUAGAGAAGACCACUGAACCACUGUCAAAGUCAUGGUCUGAAGAGCAGGAUGUACUAUCACCAACCGAGGGAGUAGAAAAAUUACAUAUAGAUGGCAGAGUAGAUUCUACAGAACAAAUUAUUGAACCUUCAGAACAUAGAUAUGGAGAUAGGUCCACACAUUUUACAGAGGAAGAAUCCCAUGUUGGAUCUACUAUACCCAUCUUUGUAGAGUCUGCAACUCAACCUACGUCUCUAAUUUUUUCAAAGCACACAUCAGAUGUGCCAGACAUUGAUUCUUACUCAGUUACCAAAGCACCCUUUUUACUGGCAGCUAUAGCAACCCCUGCUUCCACCAAGAAAACAGAUGAGGUGAAUACUCUCCUAAAGGAAGAUAUGGUACAAACAGAAUCAUCCAGUCAUAAAGGACUUGACAGUGAGAUUUCCAUGGCAAAGCCAGAUAUGCAGCCUGUGUGGACCAUAUUGCCAGAAUUAGAUAUAGUUUGGACAAGAACUUCUUCCUUAGGGAAAUUGUCUAGAGACACAUUGGCAAGUACACCAGAGAGCACUGACAGACCCUGGUUGAAAGCUUCCAUGACACAGUCCACUGAAUUGCCUCCAACUACCAACUCCAUCCAGCUAGAGGAUGAAGCAAUAAUGGCUGUCCAGGAUAUUUCAUUAGAACUAGAUCAGGGAGGCACAGAUUACUCUCAGCCUGAGCUAACCCAAGAACAAAAUGACAAGGUUGAUAGCUAUGUGGAAAUGUCUCCCAGUGUUCACUACACAGAGAUGCCUAUUGUGGCUCACUCUACAAAAGGAGGUGUCUUGAGUCACAUCCAGACUGCAGGAGCAUUGGUGGUUUUCUUCAGCCUCCGAGUGACAAACAUGUUGUUUUCAGAAGACCUGUUUAACAAAAACUCCUUGGAAUAUAAAGCCCUGGAGCAAAGAUUCUUAGAACUGCUGGUUCCCUAUCUCCAGUCAAACCUGUCAGGGUUCCAGAACUUAGAAAUCCUGAACUUCAGAAAUGGCAGCAUUGUGGUGAAUAGCCGAGUGAAGUUUGCAGAGUCUGUCCCUCCUAAUGUCAACAAUGCCAUGUAUAUGAUUCUGGAAGACUUUUGUACCACUGCGUACCAAACCAUGAACCUGGAUAUUGAUAAGUACUCCCUGGAUGUGGAAUCAGGUGAUGAUGCCAACCCUUGCAAGUUUCAGGCCUGUAAUGAAUUUUCUGAGUGUUUAGUAAAUCCGUGGAGUGGAGAAGCAAAGUGCAAAUGCUACCCUGGGUACCUGAGUGUGGAUGAGCUGCCUUGUCAAAGUCUCUGUGAUCUACAGCCUGACUUCUGUUUGAAUGACGGAAAGUGUGACAUUAUGCCCGGACAUGGAGCCAUUUGUAGAUGCCGGGUUGGUUCAAACUGGUGGUAUCGAGGCCAACACUGUGAAGAGUUUGUGUCUGAGCCCGUUGUCAUAGGCAUCACUAUUGUCUCUGUGCUUAGCCUUCUCCUUGUUGCUUCUGCUGUUCUCUUCUUCCUCAUGAAGACACUUCAAGCUCAGAAUGUCAGGAGAGAAAGGCAGAGGCGCACCAGCUCAUGCAGGCAGCCUGACAGCCUGUCAUCUGUUGAGGAUGCUAUGAAGUUCAACCCUGCAUAUGAGAGCCACUUGCCUGGAUGUGAACACUAUGAGAAACCCUAUAGCCAACACUCUUUCUAUAGGUCUGCUAGUGAAGAGGUGAUUGGUGGUCUGAGCAGAGAAGAAAUCAGACAGAUGUACGAAAGCAGUGACCUUUCCAAAGAGGAAAUUCAAGAGAGAAUGAGGAUUUUGGAACUCUAUGCUAACGAUCCUGAGUUUGCAGCUUUUGUGAGAGAGCAUCAAAUGGAGGAGCUUUAAUGUAAAUGCCCAUUUUUUUUUUUUUUUUUUUGACGCCAAUCAGAAUGUUGGAGGAGAUGGAGAAGGCUUGUUACCUCUGCUAUUUAAAUAAUGUGGAGUUUGAACCCUGCUGGAAGAAGAGUUUGCAUUGAAGAAUAAAUAAGUAAAUAUGGGACGCAUUUCUCAUUCCUACUGCAGCUUAAGUUUUUGGAAUGUAGCAAAAAAAUGUGAUGAGUUUUAUUUCUACAUCCAGAGAUGUGGUGAAAGACAUUUAAAGUAGUGUAAACUCUGAUUUCGUAACAUAUUCUAAAAGCAAACACAUAAAACAGAACCAAACCGAAAACCUAAAGCCAGACCUUGGAGUUGAGGCUGCAGUGCCUCUCUGUGUCUGACUUUUUGAGAGCAUCUCUAAGAACUGUGGCCCAGGCUUUCUAGUAAGAACAUAAAGUGAGACUAAUGAAGAGUAAACCUUAGAACUUGACUGUUUUGUAACAUACUUGUUAAAGUCAAACCAGAUAGAGGAAGCUUUGAAGCAAUUUGAAUAUAGUUUAAAGUCAAAUAUUCAUCUAAAUAAAAAUUAGGCUUUAGGAACAGGCUGCUGAGUUAGGCAGUCUUUAGCUGCAGUGUGUCUUGCUUAUGUUUGAUGCUUGCUUCUAUACUAGUUCUGAGCUUCCUGAGCACAUAAAUCAAGACCACAACACUUUUAAAUUAGUUACGUCAAUAUGUGCCACAGUUUGGUCAUCAAUUUGGCACCCUUAAGAGGAAGUAAAUUAGGAAUUAUUUUCAUCAGCUUGGCCUGUGGGCAUAUCAGUGGGGCAGUUUUUGAUUACUAAUUGAUAUAGAAAGGCCCAGCCCACUAUGUGUGGUACUAUUCCCAGGCAGGGUUGUUGGAGAGUUAAGUUGCAUAAGAAAGGUAGAGCCUAGCUAGAAGAAACCAGCCAAUAAACACUUUCCUUUGUGCUUUCUUCUUCAAACUCCUGUCUUGGCUUCCCUCUAUGGUAGACUAUAACCUGUAAGCCAAAUAAACUUUUCCCUUCUGUCUUAGUUAAGGUUUCCAUUGUUGUGAAGAGACACCAUGACUAAGGCAACUCUUUUAAGGACAACAUUUAAUUGAGACUAGCUUACAGAAGUUCAGUCCAUUAUCAUCAAAGCUGGAAGCAAGGCAGCGUCCAGGGAGGCAUGGCAUUGGAGGAGCUAACAAUUCUUCAUCUUCUUCCAAAGGAAGGCAGGAGCAGACUAGCUUUCAGGCAGCUAGGAUAAGGGUCUUAAAGCCCAUGCCCACAGUGACACACCUACUCUAACAAGACCACUCCUACUCCAACAAGGCCACACCUCCAAAUAGUGCCACUCCCUGGGCCAAACAUAUUCAAACCACCAUACUUUCCCAAAGGUGCUUUUGGUUAAUGACAACAGAGAAAGCAAAAGAUUAUGGUAUCCUAUUUUUUAAGCUUUCAGGAAUAGUACCCAUGCAUGAAGUUUGCAUGGUUUCUAUUUGUCUUAGGCAAAAGUAAUCAUGGGACUGUGAAGGGCUGAGUUAGAUAAAUACCAGGACACUGCUUUUCAGAUGGACUGACAGGCAAACUCAUUACUUAAAUAUGUUCCCUGACUGCUUCUGAGGUACAAUAGUGUCUCAGGCAAUUCUAGUAUCUUCUGUACUUUCUGGUGUAGGAAUUUGGAUAACAGCACAUACCUACCUCACAUAAUGUCAGUGAUAUCAUUCGUUGCUUCUUUGUAUAAUGCUCACUGUCUAGAUGAAAUCUCACCUAUUAUAACUGGACAAAGCAAGAUAUUUUAAAAAAUUGUCUCGGUUGAAAAAAAACCCCAUACUUUAUAAAUAGAAAUUAAAAAAGAAGUUUGUCUCUUUUUCACCUAUGGUUAUUUUAGAUGGGUAAUUUGGGGGUUAGACUGUCAAGGCAAAUUAAUCAUGAUGAUUAAUUUAAAGAUACAUAGGAAAUAGAUCAUUGUUAAUUCAAGCUAUUUAUGAAGACACUUUCAUGUUUGCAAAAACUCUCUUGAAGUUCAUUAUUUAUUCCAGACCAGGUAUAAAAUGGCUGCAGGAUAAAAUAUCUGGUUCAUUUAGUUUUCUUAAAUCACUGACUGUAAGUUUCACUAGUUAUGAGAUCAGCAAAAACUGAGUAGGAAGAACAGACAACUUACUUAGAAGAAAACAAUGGUUUAGGAGACUAACUUACCUUUAUUAAAUUGAGAGGUUUUAGCCAAGAAAAGUAUGGGUCAUUCCCUCCCUCCCCAAAUGUUUCCAAUGAUUCCAAGUAGAAAUAGGUGGGGCCAGCCUUCAUUAGUAACCCAGCUGCAGUGAGUCAGGAUUCUAGUUCAUUCUAUUCCCUAGUGUGUAAUCAAUGCAGAAAAAUGAUGUAAAUGUUACAAUCCUUUAAUUGAGAGCAUUGUGUACAGCAAAGCACCCUGCCUAGAGGUGGGGAGAUGGGACAGUAUUAUGACAUAGUUGGUGAUGUAAAAAAAUUGCCUGGAACUUUCUUUGAUUCAUGCAUUUUGUAAUAUGUAGACGGUUCUUAUAAGUCAACAAGAGACAAGUGAAACCACACCCCACUGGAUACUAAAACCAUUGACUAAAACACAUCUCUCAACUACAUAGUUACUACUAAAGCUUAGGCCAAAUGAUUAGUAAUCCUGAUUUUUUCUCUUGUAUUUGAUUAAGGGCUUAACUGGAGAAAAAUCAUGGUAUAAGAGACUAUGGGUACAAAUAUAUGUCUGGACUACUUGAUGAUUCCUACGUAGUGAUGUACAUAUCCUAAUAUAUACUUAAUAUGAAGUAUAGUUAAUGGCAUACUAUUCUUUUUCAUUUUAUUUAUGACAGUUUAUUCAAUGUGGGAUCAAACAACUCCAAUUUACUAUACUACUCUCUUGAACACUUCUAGUCAUAAUAUUAGUUGGUUAGAAAUAAAAAUUUAAGACUUUAUGUGUGUAUAAGGACCCUUUGAUUCUCAUGUAUAUAUAACUGUGAUGUAUCCAUUAGUAAUAAACAUGUCUUUCAAGCCCUUGCCUUUUGUUUGUCAAUUAGAAAAACAAUUGCAUCUCUUAGCAACAGUUGAAUUGCAAGCACCAUUCACACAAAAGAUACCUUUGUGUGACUGCCAUGUAGAGAUGAAAAUGAUUCUUUGAUCUUAGUGGAGUAAGGAUUUAGGAGAAUCAGACGUGAGUGAAUAUGGAGCCCAGUUGAUGUCUGAAUUGUGUUGAUAGUUAAUGACACUGAGGGAUGAUUUGGCUUCUGUUGAACUUUAUGAAACACUUUCAGUUUUUCCUCAUAUCCUUAAAACAUCAGCAGAAUGAAGACUGGUGAUGGUUAAGGAAAGAGUAGGCGGGCUGGCUAGAUACCAGUCUUUCAAGGAGAGGAACAGUUGGUGACUGUUAAAAGAGAACAGGUGACACAAAUAUGGCCACAUGGGAAAGGCAGGGGAAAGUCAACAGUUAACAGUUAUGAGCAGUGUAAUGUGUUGGCAACCAGAAAUCUUAGUGAGCAGGCUUUUCCUCCUUUGUAUUUGCAUAAUGUCUUGCUGGUAUGAGGACAAGAGAAAAUUCUAAAUAAAUGUUUAAAAAGGGAAGAAAGGUGGUUGUAAUUACAGUUAAAAGAACCAUGUUGAACAAAACACAAGAUGAGAGAAAUUGGCCCAAUAACCAUCUGUUGAUUAAGUUGUGACCCAGUUUUAGAAGAAAUAGUGAGUAAUAAAUAGCCUGACUUGAAACCCUGAUUAAGGCCUGGAAAAGCCCAUACUCUUAGCUUAGACCUUACCAAGCUGGACCACUUUCUGGGCUUUAUGCAUUCAUAUCCUAUAAGCUAGUUCUUGAUGGACUGGGCCCAUGAAGUAACAUUGAACUUACCUUGUCACCAAACCUCACGCAUCUUUCACCAUAUCCUGUAAGAUCCGAGUUUUUAAUCCUGGCCCCAGGCUCCCUGAAUAACAACCUUGAGACUCAAAUUACAUUUACAACUACCUAGACCAUAAGCUUUGGCUGUUCCCCAACCAUCUCAUAAAUUAAUAUCCCAGUUAUUCUGAUCUAAGUUCUGCCAUGUGGCUGGUUACCUCUGCUCAGGUUUCAUGCAUGUCCUCCUUCCUGUUCAUGGACUCCCAAUCCUCCCUGUUGGAUGUUCCACCUUUGAUUUCCUGGCUCAGCUACAGGCCUAUCAACUUUAAUUAACAGGUGUUGCCUGCAUACAGUACACAAGAGAUUUUACCAACAAUGUCUAACUCCUUCUUAUUAGAAUGAGUGAAUCCAUGUUAUUGUAAAAAAAUAGAUGUUAAGAAAUCAAUCUUUUACAAGUAACACAAAAUUGCACGUGGGCUUCUGGGAAAGUUUUUAUUAUUCUGAAAGAGUAAUUUCUGGUGAAUAUGGUAUUUCAUCUUGGCAGAUUUAGGGAAGAACAUGUAAUUUUAGCACAUGGACCUGUCAGUGAGGUACCAGCAAGCUCCCCAAUUCCUCUUAUACCUUUCUGUGCUAUUAUAUGCUUUAUGUUUUAAUACUCACCAAGAGUAGGUUGUGACUUUUUAACUUUCACCACUGGCUUCCCACUAAACAGAAUUCUUUGACAUUGGGGUCAUGUUUUACUAUUUAUUUUGAAGACUUGAGAGCAAUCAAUAAAGAACUAGUCUACAAUAAUCAUUAUUUCAAUGAUCUUGAGAUAGUCUGUUGUAUGUAGAUACCCAUUUUACGAUUAGCAAGCAAGUUACUAAUUGUAUUCAAGGAACUCACUAGUGAGACAUGCUUUAUAAACUAGAUUAUUGUUACAAAUAAUUCUAAGAAUAUGUUUGCAGAGAUUUAAAAAGAUUUUAAGAUCUAAGAUUUACGUAUCUAUAUCUGUUGUAUUUUAUUAGACAAUCUACUGUCAUAACAAAGUAUUUUAGGAAGAUCUAACAGAGUGCCCUGGACCACAACACCUAGAUGAAGUAAGCUCCAGAGUUUCUUCACUAUAGAAUGAAAUAGGGAUGGAAAGAUGUCUAGUGUAGGCAGUAGGGCUAAGAUCCUUAAAAUAUGCUUUUGGCAGGAAGGGGCAAAAUUUGGGGUGCUUCUGGGGCAGGUGUUGAUAAAAUUGUAAUUAUGAUGCAUAGAGAAGGUGUUUGUUUCAUCCUUGAAAUGUUUAAAUAAAAUGUGAUUAUAUCUUU